UGAUAGAUGUGCUUGUGCCACUCGCUGAUAGCUUUCAAGAAGAUCACAGUCUGGCAGUAUGACAUCUCCGUAUGCAGCCGUACAGUUCUGCCCAGAACACGCCUUUCAACGUAGAUUGAGGGAGCCUGCAGCUUGUCUUUCAUGGGCUGAGGGAUCAUUCCUGGCCUCCAUGUCUCAGACACCAAGCUCACAGGGAACCGACAUCCUCGGGCAGGAUGUCUUCAACCAGCUGCUCGAGAUGCUGGACCAGUCUGCGUUUCACUCGGUGCAGCCCAUUGAGCUCAACUUCUCAGAAGGUUCAACAGACAGCCCCCCGUCCAACACGAUUCAGAUCAGCAUGGACUGCAUCACCAUGCAUGGGUCUGAGGAGCACCUCUCAUCACAGUACACAAAUCUGGGGCUUCUUAACGGCAUGGAUCAAAAUGGCGGUUCGACAUCCACCAGCCCCUACAACAACGAACAUGCUCAAAACAAUGUGACCGCGCCAUCUCCUUACGCCCAGCCCAGCUCCACCUUUGAGGCUCUAUCUCCAUCACCGGCCAUCCCCUCCAACACUGACUACGCUGGACCUCACACCUUUGAUGUGUCUUUCCAGCAGUCCAGCACAGCUAAAUCAGCAACCUGGACGUACUCCACAGAGCUUAAAAAGUUAUAUUGCCAAAUCGCAAAGACAUGUCCCAUCCAGAUUAAAGUCCUGACCAGUCCACCCCAGGGAGCAGUCAUCCGUGCCAUGCCUGUCUACAAGAAAGCCGAACAUGUGACUGAGGUGGUCAAACGAUGCCCCAACCACGAACUCAGCCGGGAAUUCAACGACGGCCAAAUCGCCCCACCCAGUCACCUGAUUAGAGUAGAGGGCAACAGCCAUGCCCAGUAUGUGGAAGACUCCAUUACUGGGCGUCAGAGUGUGCUGGUGCCAUAUGAGCCCCCUCAGGUGGGCACAGAGUUUACCACAAUCCUGUACAACUUUAUGUGCAAUUCCAGCUGCGUGGGAGGAAUGAACAGGCGCCCAAUCCUCAUUAUUGUGACCCUUGAAACUAGAGAUGGUCAGGUGCUUGGCCGGCGGUGCUUUGAGGCCCGAAUCUGUGCGUGCCCAGGACGUGACCGCAAGGCAGAUGAGGACAGCAUCCGUAAGCAGCACGUCAGCGAUGGCACAAAAAGCUCUGAGGGUACGAAACGCCCUUAUCGCCAGGCCUCUCACGGAAUCCAGAUAUCCUCCAUCAAGAAGAGAAGAUCCACCGAUGAGGAAGUGUUUUGUUUGCCUAUUAAAGGCCGUGAAAUCUAUGAGAUUUUGGUGAAAAUCAAAGAGUCUCUGGAGCUCAUGCAGUUCCUCCCUCAGCACACCAUAGAGUCAUACAGGCAGCAGCAGCAGAGCCUCCUGCAGAAACAAUGGGAUUUGUCAGACGAUCAGAAUUACAGGCCGUGUCCUCCUCUCUGCUCCAGGAGCCCCUUGCCCCCCCAGCCUGCCUUUGGCUCCAGCUCCCCUCCACACGGCAAGGUCAACAAGCUGCCUUCGGUCAGUCAGCUCAUCAACCCCCAGCAGCGUAACACCCUCACCCCAUCCAGCAUGGCCGGAGGCCUCACUGACAUUCCUCCUCCUGCUGUGACCCCCAUGAUGAGCGGCCAUAUCCCCAUGAACACAGACAUGAGCUCACUGAGUCCCACCCAUGCUCUGCAGCCUCAGUUAUCCAUGGUGCCCUCCUCUCACUGCACACCCCCACCACCCUACCCAAUGGACAGUAGUAUCUCCAGCUUCCUGUUACGGCUGGGAUGCUCCUCUUGUCUGGACUACUUCACUGCCCAAGGCCUCACCAACAUCUACCAGAUUGAGAACUACAGUCUAGAGGACCUGUCCAGGCUGAAGAUUCCCACUGAGUUCCAGCACGUGAUCUGGAAGGGUAUCAUGGACCACCGGCAGACCAUGGAGUUCUCCCCACCCCCACACAUCCUACGCACAUCCAGCGGCGCCUCCACGGUCAGCGUGGGCUCCACGGAGGCGCGAGGGGAGCGCGUGAUCGACGCCGUGCGCUUCACCCUCCGCCAGACCAUCUCCUUCCCCCCGAGAGACGACUGGACCGACUUCUCCUUCGACCUGGCGCCAGACUCACGCCGCAACAAACAGCAACGCAUCAAAGAGGAGGGCGAGUGAACAGCACACGCUCGCAGGCAUUAUACAUCCAUACAUGCCCAUGUGCGGUCUGUCACAUACACACAGACUGCCAUGUACACAGAGAACUGUACAGCUUAAUCAAGUGCUCAGUUUCACUUAAAAGUAUGCUGAUAAAUGCACUUAAUGUCUUUUGUUUUUAUUGGGUGUAUUUUGGUCUGGUUGUCAUUUCAAGCCCCUAGUUUGAUGCAAACUACUGUAGCUUAGGGUAAGCGGUGCUUUGCCGUUUUUGAUUUAUUACUGAAUAUUUCUUGAGACACAGCACUUAAGAAAUGCUGACAUUGGUCCUGUUUUGAGCUGUUGCCAUUCUUUCUGUACUGAGAGAAACUGAUCUUUUGGGGGGGGCUUCUUUUUGUGUUUAUUUUUACCUGGACCAUGUCUGUUUUUGGAUUGUAAAGAAUUUUUACUCCAAAUAGGAUUCAUAGUAUUAUACUGUUUGUUAAUCUGUUCGCUGUAACAACCUGUUUCAGUCUGGCAACACUUUGUUUCAAAUGGUUGCAUUUGUCAGGUUUGAUUGUAAGCAUUUUUGGUUACAGCCAAUGUUUCUAAGUGUUCUUUAUCCAUUUAUGGUUAUGGUUUAAGACUGAUGUCGUCAUGUAGCCUCCAAUUAAUACUGAACUACUGUAUCUUUCAUUUUCAAGCAAAAAUGAUGUAAUACUGCCGUGCAAGUCUUUUGAUGCAUACGAACAAAUUCAAAAUGCCAAUUCUUCAGUAUUUGAGUUAAUCGCUCAUUCGCAGUUUUGGUUUUGUACAGAUGUUUUGUUUUUUUGUGUGUGUUAUGUUGUAAAUAUGCAUUGUACUUAUUUUGAUACAGUAUAAACCAAAAAUAAAAUAUCAUUACACCAGUA